GCACCACCUCGGCGUCCGGCCGACAACAUGCCGAAGUAUUAUUGCGAUUACUGCGAUACUUACUUAACACACGACUCGCCGUCUGUCCGCAAGACCCACUGCGAGGGCCGCAAGCACAAGGAGAACGUCAAGGACUAUUACCAGAAAUGGAUGGAAGAACAGGCCCAGAGCCUCAUCGAUAAGACCACCGCCGCUUUCCGCCAAGGGAAGAUCCCGCCCACCGCACCGUUUCCGGCGCCGGCCGGUCCUCCUCCCGGCGGGGCCGCUAUCCCGCCGCCUCCCGGCAAUGUCGGUGUCCCACCGCCGCGGCCUGCCAUCCUACCGGGCCCCCCGAUGGGAGGGCCGCCCAUGAUGCCGAUGAUGGGCCCCGCGCCUCCCGGUAUGAUGCUAGUAGGCCCCGGGAUGAGGCCGCCUAUCGGGGGCCCGAUGCCCAUGAUGCCGGGGCCUAUGAUGGGGCCUCACCGGCCGAUGAUGGUGCCUUCCAGACCUGGGGUAGUCCGCUCGGGAAGAUAAGCAGUGACUUACAUUGUGAGGUUUACUCAGUGCAACUUUUCAUACUUUUCCCCCCGAAGUAAAGGCCGCUGAAGGACAGCAUCGGCGGUUGAAGAUCAGAUUUGUAAACUUCUUUUGUUUAAGAAACUGCAGCAAGUCGCAUGUCAGCCGCCAUCUUCCUUGCCAACCACCAACCAUGGUUAAUGUGAGCGCGUUUCUAAAUGACCAAUCGUGAUUCAAACUGGAAUACUCUCUAGAAAUCACCAUUUACAUUUGGAAAUGGCUGAUACCCGUUUUCGAAAGCGUUUUGGUGAUUCUGGCGUCCUCUAGAUUUUGCAGGAAACAUGGCCCAAGUUGCAAUUUUUUUGACUGCUCCCAAUCUAUUUCACAGUUCAAUGGCAUUUUGUCUUUCUAAGUCAUUUCAGUUCGAGUUCCUCCUCUGCCAUUUAUACUGUACUUCCUUUUUUCUUUUACCAGUGUAAAUUUUCCUAACUUUCUAAAAGAUCUCCAAGCACACUGGUUGACUAUACAAGAAGCGUGAGCCAUUAACAUUAGGAUAAAUUUUAUAUGGAAUAUAUUGUUUGUUUCUCCUUGACCUUGGGUAAUUGAAGAAUACCAACUGCAGAUCUUUAAUUUGAAAAUACUUAUGUUGAACAUGUUGCAUUUAAUUUGUAAUCCUUAAUUUAGUGUUUGACAUAUUACAUUUUAAAAAUUGUAAUAAAUGCCAUGUGUUGGA